CGAGGCGGCGGGGCGGGUCCGAAAUUCGAUAAUCCUGCAGAGAAGGACGCCCUUUGGCUGCAGAAGAGCUUCCCAACUCUCGCAAAGACUACCACGUGCAUCUCGACUUGGCCUCGCCUUCCAGACAAGAUGGCGAUCCAGAAGAAGCACGGAAAAGGACGUUUGGAUAAGUGGUACAAGCUUGCCAAGGAGAAGGGAUACCGCGCCAGAGCAGCGUUCAAGCUGAUCCAGCUGAACAAGAAAUAUGGCUUCUUAGAGAAGAGCAAGGUCGUCGUCGAUCUUUGCGCUGCGCCCGGUUCAUGGUGUCAAGUUGCAGCGGAAACGUGCCCCGUCGGCGCCCUGAUUGUCGGUGUCGAUCUGUCGCCCAUCAAGCCAAUUCCCAAGGUCAUCACCUUCCAAAGCGAUAUUACGACCGAGAAAUGUCGAGCCACGAUUCGAUCGCAUCUCAAGACAUGGAAGGCAGACUGUGUUCUCCACGAUGGUGCGCCCAACGUCGGUACUGCGUGGAACCAGGAUUCGUUCAACCAGGCCGAGCUGGUGCUGCAGUCGAUGAAGCUUGCGACGGAAUUUUUGGCUGAGGGCGGUACCUUUGUCACCAAGGUCUUCCGAUCCAAGGACUACAACCCCCUGCUGUGGGUCUUCAACCAGCUCUUCACAAAGGUCGAGGCGACCAAGCCCCCUUCCUCGAGAAACGUGUCUGCCGAAAUCUUCGUCGUCUGCAAGGGCUUCAAGGCCCCGAAGCGCAUCGAUCCCCGAUUCCUCGACCCCCGUGCCGUCUUCGCCGAGCUCAAGGACGCGACCCCGAACAACGAGGCCAAGGUGUACAACCCGGAGCAGAAGAAGCGCAAGCGUGAGGGUUACGAGGAGGGUGAUUACACACAGCACAAGGUCGUCUCCGCGAGCGAAUUCAUCCAAACCGCUGACCCCAUUGCAAUUCUCGGUCAAACCAAUCAGUUGUCCUUUGACCAGCCGGCAAACGGAGACGUGGCGCUCGCCGCGCUGGACAAGCUUCCUGAAACGACAGACGAGAUCCGCAGGAGUUGCGCAGACUUGAAGGUCCUCGGAAGAAAAGAGUUCAAGCAAUUGUUGAAAUGGCGUCUCAAGGUAAGGGAAAUCUUUGGUUUCCCAACCAAGAAGACGACGCAGGAGAAGAAGUCCCUGCAAGAUCAGGUGGGCGAGGAGGUCGCAGAGAUCGAGUCCAUGGACGAGGAGCUGCGGAUUCAACAGGAGCUGGAGGCGCUCAAGAACAAGGACGACUCCAAGAAGAAGAAGGAGAGGAGGAAGGAGAACGAGAAGAAGCAGAAGGACAUUGUGCGCAUGCAGAUGAACAUGACGGCGCCAAUGGACAUUGGUAUGGAGCAAACCGGACCCCUCGGCCCGGACGCCAUGUUUGCAUUGAAGACAGCCGACAAGGCCGGCGGCAUCAACAAGAUCGCCCGCGGCAAGAUGGCGCUUCUCAAGGAGAGUGAGAAGAAGUCCAAGGAGGCCGAAGCCGGGAUCGUGUACUCUGACUCCGAGAGCGACCCAGAGGAGGACCGCCUCGAGCGCGAGCUGGACGGCAUGUACGACAACUUCAAGGAGCGCAAGGCGGCGGCCGAUGCCAAGUGGCGCGCCAAGCGAGCUCGCGAAGAGCACGAGGACGGCGAAUGGGAGGGUGUUUCGGGCGGCGAACAGAGCGACAGCGAUGAGGACAUGGAAAUGGACUCUGACAGCUCCGAUGAUGACGAGGACGAAGACGACGAUGCGAGCGGAAAGCCCCUGGUGACGGACCUGGACAGCACAGCUGAGAGCGGCAACUUAUCGAAGCGCGCAUCGGCUUUCUUCGGGCAAGAUAUCUUCAAGGAUAUCGAUAUGGGAGAUGUUGACGACGAGGACUGGGGCGUCGAUAACAAGCCUGCUGAAGAGGAGCCAAAACCGAAGAAGGCCAAGACAGAAAAGGAGGACAAGAAGAAGGCAAAGGAAGAAAAGGCCAAGGCAGCUGAGGAAAAGCAGAAGGCUAAGGACGAGAAGAAGAAGAAGGCCAAGGAGGCGAAGCAGAAGGCUUCCGACGGCUUCGGCUCAGAUUCCGAGAGCGAAGACGAUGCCGGCUUUGAGGUCGUCAAGAACCAAGAGGAAGACUGGGAGAACCAGGAGAAGAGACGGCCGGACGGCAGACUCGACAUCGACAUCAUCACGGCCGAGGCCAUGACGCUCGCCCACCAGCUCGCGACGGGCGAAAAGACCAAACAGGACCUCAUGGACGACGGCUUCAACAAGUGGGCCCUCAAGGACCGCGACGGCCUUCCGGACUGGUUCAUCGACGACGAGUCGAAGCACGACAAGCAGCAGAAGCCCAUCACCAAAGCCGCGGCGGCGGCCAUCCGCGAGAAGCUGCGCGCCUACAACGCGCGGCCCAUCAAAAAGGUGCGCGAGGCCAAGGCGCGCAAGAAGUUCAAGACGGCGCAGCGCCUCGAGAAGCUCAAGAAGAAGUCGGACUCGCUUGCCAACGAGGAGGGCAUGACGGAGAAGGAAAAGGCCGAGAGCAUCGCCAAGCUCAUGGCCAAGGCGGGCAAGGUCAAGAGGAGACCCAAGCCUACUCUUAUCAUCGCCAGGGGUGCCAACCGUGGUAUCCAGGGUCGUCCCAAGGGCGUCAAGGGUCGGUACACGAUUGUGGAUUCACGAAUGAAGAAGGACCUGAGGGCGCAAAAGAGGCUAGCCAAGAAGAAGAAAUAG